AUGAAUGUCAACGACAAACCAUCCUCGACGGAACUUCGCACCCCCUCACCCCUGAAGGCACUGCUCUCUCCACCAAGAUCAAGGACUCUACCGUCAUCAAGCUCACCAAAUGGCAGAACAAUGAAGGCAGUGCCCAAGGGCGACUAUGGGCUUAUCCGUGUCAAGUCCAACAACGGAAACGUCGUCGACAUCUACCUCAAGAAGGCACUUGAGACAGUGCCGCCUCAACGUACUUCCUCGUACCUCGAUAUGGCUCGCUCCGUUAAUUCGCGUGGACGUGCGGCCGUUACUCCAGUGCCAUCCGAGAUCUGCAGUGCGCCAUGUAAGGUCUGCUUCAUCAUGAGGGCGAUGGCCAUUCGCACAUCAAUUGCGGUAGCGCCGUCCGAGCUUGUGGUUAGAGAUCACCAGAUCGUUCACUUAGGAACCUCAUCUGCAUUUGUCAAGACGGUGGCACCGAUAGCGUCCACAGCUCGGUUUCUCUCUAAGGGGUUGUGUCCAUCGUUCAGUAGAGCAAAGAGUACGGUCGAUUCCCGCUCGGCACACGACACAGCCACUGCACCUCACGCUUUUUCGUUCCGACCCUAUGGGCUGCCCGCGGAAUUGACUCCCGAUAACUCGGUGGAGUCCAAGGGCAAAUGGUUGUCAAAGGUGAAGACGGGCUUGUGGGCCUGCACGAGCGAAUCCACGCUUCAAGGCGUUGUUGUAGCAACGCAGUUGGCCUUGUCUACUUGACAUGACCUUGCAAGCGUUAAAUACCCAUACACUUGGAGGCAGCAGCCGCAUAACCCGCGACUCUUGUGUUUCUGCGCUCUGCACGCUUUCCGAUGCCCUCCCUCUCGCAGACCCGCAUCCCUCUAAUACCCUCUCACCGCUGCAUAGCGCAAAUCUGUUCCGUGAUGCUGCCAUGGAC